AUGGGUGGCGGCACUCCCCAUGGCGAGCCGUCCGUAGGCUCCGAUACACCCCGCCAAAAGGGCAAAGCAACACCCGAGACGCUGAAGACAGGCUGCAUUGCCUGGGUCGAGAAAGAUGGCCAGCCGCGACGAGCCGAAAUCCUAAGCAUAAAGGAAACAAAGUCAGGGAAGCACUAUUACUGCAACUUUGACAACUUCAACAAGCGUCUGGAUGAAUGGGUGCCGGUUGCACGAAUUGAUUUCACUCAGGAACCCAAGAAGUCGCAAGUUUCGAAGAAAGCGCAGAAGCGGCCUGGCAAACGCGAGCAAUCAGUAAACAGCGAGGCCACUACACCACAUCCAUGGACGGAAUUUGUCGAAACGCAGGGGCAGCGAAAAUCUUCAUCGGUUGGACCAGAGGCGGAGUCGCAAGCGGGCGUCAGUUUUGAGGCGAGCGCAACACCAGGCGCAGGAGAUGACCUGCUUGCCGAUGAGAAGGAAGAUGAAGGAAAGAAGGACGAACAUGGCUUCAGCCGAGAGGAGGAAAUUGAGAAACUGAGGACUUCAGGGUCGAUGACACAAAACCCGGCCGAAAUUUCGCGAAUACGAAACAUUUCCAAAGUUCAGUUUGGGAAGAACGACCUCUUCCCAUGGUACUUCUCGCCGUACCCCGAGAUUUUUGCGCUAGAGGACGUUAUAUACAUCUGCGAAUUCUGUCUUAGCUACUAUGGGGACGAAUUCGCCUUCACGCGACACCGAAAGAAGUGUACGUUGCAGCAUCCGCCGGGCAAUGAGAUCUAUCGAGACGACUAUGUCUCGUUCUUUGAGAUUGAUGGACGGCGGCAGCGGACUUGGUGUCGUAAUCUUUGUCUUUUAUCCAAGAUGUUUCUGGACCAUAAGACGCUCUACUACGACGUGGACCCCUUUCUAUUCUAUGUCAUGACGAUGCGAACAGACAAGGGAUGCCAUAUUGUAGGAUACUUUUCCAAGGAGAAGGAAAGUGCAGAUGCAUACAACGUGGCUUGUAUUCUGACACUUCCACAAUACCAGCGUAAGGGUUAUGGCCGUCUCUUGAUUCAAUUUUCAUAUGAGCUGUCCAAGAUUGAAGGCAAACUGGGCUCCCCAGAGAAGCCUUUAUCGGAUCUUGGCCUUCUCAGUUAUCGUCAAUACUGGUCUGAGAAUAUUCUCGACCUACUGCUGGGCUACAAUGAACGGGAUGAGAAGGUGACGAUUGAAGCAAUCUCGACGGCGCUGGCGAUGACCACACAGGACGUGGAGCACACGCUACAAGCCAUGAAGAUGCAAGUGUAUCAUAAGAGUGAUCACAAGAUCGUGAUUCCGGAGAGGUUGAUUGAGCAGCGGGAAAAGCAAAAGUUGAAACGGAAAAGGGUUCUCGAUCCUCUCAAGAUUCAGUGGAAGCCACCAGUAUUUACAGCAUCGAGCCGUACGUGGGGUUGGUGA